AUGGCUGCCGCCGACGUGCGAGAUAUGCUGGACCUGCCCGCUGAGGGCCAGCCUAGACCGCAUAAGAAGCAGAAAGUUGUUGAAAAACGACCAGAGGGUAUCACCCGUGAAUUAUACGCGUUACUUGGUGAACGCGCGCCACCUAUCGCUAUCAACGAGAACAAGUACAAGGGGCGUCCAAAAUGGAUGAACAAGCUGCGCGUGCGGCCAUGGCGCAUGACUCCUUUUACCAACGGUGCCCGCUCUGAUGGCUUAGUCCUGAACCACUGGCAGCGGAAACAUGAGUCGACUCGUCCACCCGCCCCCGAAGGAACCCAGAUGGAUGUUGAUGAAACCAAAGGAAAUGAAGAGACCGAUGAGGAAAAGAAGGAGGAACCAUCCAAGCCACUGGAGCAAGAAUACACAUUCGCCAAGUACAACAUCAAGGCACGGAUACCACAGAAAUACUCCGAGGAGGAAUACAACCGCUCUUUGCAAAACAACGACUGGGACCGUGAGGAGACAGACUAUCUGAUGGAACUGGCACAUGAAUACGACUUGCGCUGGAUUAUCAUUGCCGACCGCUACGACUACCAACCCCGAGCCAAGUCUGAAGCCGACGCCAACGCGCUCGUGCCAGUCAAACACUAUCGAACGAUGGAGCAGAUGAAAGCACGCUACUACUUUGUUGCCGCCACAAUUCUCGCAAUCGAACACCCACCAUCCGAAAUGUCCGAAGCUGAAUUCGAGCUACACGAGAGAAUGCUCAAAUUCGACCCAGACCGUGAACGAGACCGGAAGGAACUCGCCGCUCUACAAAUAAAUCGCACAGCAGACGAAGUCCGCGAAGAAGCCAUGCUCCUUGAAGAACUCAAGCGCAUCACCAGCAACGAGCAGAACUUCAUCACCGAACGCCGAGAGCUCUACUCCCGCCUUGAAGUCCCUAUCAGCGUCGGCAACACAACAGCCUACCAAUCCAGUCAAGGUCUCUCCCAGCUCUUGCAGACUCUUCUUCAAGCAGACAAGAGCAAGAAACGUCGCUCCAUUCUCGGACCCGAGGGCGGCGCCAUCGCCAGUCCUGCAGGCCAAACACCUACCCAAGCUAAUAACGGCAUGAGCCGCGGUGAGACACCCACCACAAGCGGUGCGAAUAAAAAAGGCGCUGUCGUUGCCCGCGAAACACAACCCAUUCGAACCCUCACACCAGCCGAAGAAGCCCGCUACGGCGUCCAUCACCACGAACGCCUCACGGCAGGCGUGCAAUUCCGCAGCGACCGCGCUCAGAAGCUCACACAAGCUAAAUCCAACGUUCAAACACUCAAACUUGCCGCAGCGCUCGCCGAGCUCGAGAUCCCAGUCCGUCUAUUCAUGCCCACAGAGCGUGUGUGCAGGGAAUUCGAGCGCCUCAUCCAAUCCGUCAAUUUGCUGCUGGACGCGCGCAAAGUCGCCGAGAAAGUCGACGGUGAGAUCCGGGUUCUGGAGGCUUCGAAGGCAGAGCGGGAGAGGAAGUUUGCUCCUGAUAAUGGUCAUCCGGAAGUGAAGACUGAAGCGGAGGACGGGAACGGUAUGCUUGAGUCAACUGCUGAUGCUGAGAAGGAUGAGGGCGGUGUUAAUGACACACCCACUAAGCGCGAUGGUAAUCAUAAGAGAUCUGCUAGCGUUCUCAGUGCUGUCAGUGACAAGAGCAUGAAGCGACAGCGACGGUAG